AUGCGAGAGGGUUGCCAUUACUUCGAAUAUGACAUUGUGCGCGGUAACGAAGGGCGCGCACAUGUGCGAGUGGGCAUUGCGCGGCGCGAAGCCGCCUUGGAGGCUCCGGUUGGUUUUGACGGCUACGGCUAUGGCAUGCGCGACGUGGGCGGCGAGAAGAUCACCUUGAGCCGCCCGCGCGCCUACAUGCCACCUGAAGAGGGCGGAUUCAAAACAGGCGACACGUUGGGCAUUUUGGUCGAGCUUCCACAACAAAGCACAGUCCAGGCGCUCGAGAGCUCACAAAACAAUUCUCCAAACCCAUCGCAUGUUUCUUCCAAGAAGGGCUCUAAGGAGAAUUCAGCAACGCCAGACAAGACAAACGAGUACCUCGGCGCAGUGCGUGACCAGCUCCCCAUCAAAUACAAGAACGGGCUUUAUUUUGAGCAGUUUGAGUAUACCCCAACGAAACAGAUGGCGCAUCUUCUCAACCCCGUAACGGUGUUUGGAGAAAAAGCAGUGCUUCAUACCUCAGACACUGCACACAUUCCAACUUUACCUGGGUCCCGCAUUGUGGUGUUCAAAAAUGGGGUAUGUAUGGGUCCCAUGUUUGAAAAUCUCUUUCUGUUCUCACCUCUGGGGGCUGCGCAACUGCUGAAUCCAUCUUAUAACCAUACCGACGAUGGCUCUUUAGGCUAUUACCCAAUGAUGUCUGUGUUUCUGGGGGGUAUUGUUCGGCUCAAUGCUGGCCCGGACUUCAAGUACCCUGUUCCAGAGGGUGCUCGUCCACUAUGCGAACGCUAUGAUGAAAAAAUUGUUGAGGAAUGGAUGUGGGAUUUGGUCGAUGAGGUAGAGGCACUGUACCUCGAUAGCUUCGAAUAG